AUGUCAAACUUUGACCCCAAUGCCAUCCUUCGUGGUGCGCAGCUCACCGUCGUCGGUGGUAAGCAUNCCUAUCGAGCAUUGCAGAACCCGAAACUCUUUACCUCUGAACACUACAGACAGGCUGCUCUGGCCGUAGCAGCCGGCAUCGCCAUUCGUGUCCUCGUCGCCAUUCCUAGCUCGGGAUGGGACGACGAAAUCAUGGAUGGUGUCGAGUUCCUGGAGCAUUCAGUGCUGCAGCUGCCCUUCUUCCUCAUGAGUUUCAUGAGAUACAUUAGUCCUUCGCUCGACAACAUGUUUAUGGAAUCCCUCAGAUGGGUCGACGAGACAUAUGUACAAAAGCACAAGGGCGAAGAUCCUGACUCGCUCCGUGCCAUGUAUUAUCCCAACAUGCGCCAGUACAAACAUCACGGUCCCGCUCCCGCUGCUGGAAAAGAGCCUUCGCAAAACGCUCCCAAGCAAGCCGCUAUCAAGUUCUUGAUGCGAUAUGGUCGCAAGGCUGGAAUCUCCCUGGCCGUCUACCUGCUCUCGUUGCUACCAUACGUCGGUCGCUUCGUCCUUCCUGCUGCAUCCUUCUAUACAUUCAACAAGCAGGUUGGUCUGCAACCUGCCAUUCUCAUCUUUGGCAGCUCUAUCUUCUUGCCUAAGCGAUAUCUGGUUCAGUUCCUCCAGAGCUACUUUGCUUCCAGGAGUUUGAUGAGAGAACUGCUUGAGCCCUACUUCUCACGUAUAAGAUUCACCCCUCAGCAGAAGAAGAUUUGGUUCCAUGACCGCGAGGGUGUUCUUUUCGGCUUCGGUGUCGGCUUCUUCGUUUUCCUCAAAAUUCCCCUUCUUGGUGUGCUCAUCUACGGCAUCGCUGAAGCUUCGACUGCCUUCCUGAUUACCAAGGUCACCGAUCCACCACCGCAACCCGAAGAGUGGACCAACUUUGCCGAGACACAAGCCCACUGGCGCAACAAGCAUGAGUUCUUGAAGCUUCCUCUGGACAAGCUGGACGCGCUGAACAUCACAUCGAGUAAGGAGGGUGAGAAGCCAGACACCACAACCAUCAAGGGCCGCCAGUUUACCUAG